AUGGUCCUGGGUGUUAUUUACUGCCCUCCAACUAAUGACUACUUCACUGAAUUCGAGUCAGUCCUAGAAUCUUUGGGUUCUGAGUACGAACAUCACGUGAUCAUGGGUGAUUUUAAUACCGAUCUCCUUCUACCAAACUCCUCUAGAGCUAAUAAGCUCCUUCAUCUUAUCGAGUCAGCGAGUCUUCACAUCUUACCGCUGAAUGCUACUCAUCACAAUACUGUUGCUGAUGACUCUUGGCUCGAUCUUAUACUCACUUCGAAUCCUUCCUUGGUUCCCUUUCAAGGUCAGCAUGACGCUCCUGGAUUUUCCCAUCAUGACCUUAUUUACCUAUCCUAUGCCCUCAAACCACCCAAGGUCAAACCCAGGGUUCUGUACAGGCGCUGUUUUGCGGGGAUGGAUGGGGAGAGACUUCGGGGUGAUGCAUCGACACUCGAUUGGGGGCCGCUUUUUGAGGCGGAAACUGUUGACGAGAAGGUAGCAAUUUUUAAUGCGUCUCUCGUUAGUCUAUACGACCGUCAUGCACCCAUCAGAAAGAUCACGGUUAGGCGUCCACCGGCGCCUUGGAUGACCGCAGGAGUACAGAUGGCAAUGCGUCGUAGGGACCGCGCGUUCCGCAGGCAUAGGACAAAUCGUACUCAUGAGAACUGGGAGGCUUUUAAAAUUGCGAGAAACAGAUCGAGAGGCAGUCCACCGCGCGGCAAGGCCGACUGGUCCGGUUGCCGCCGCGCCCAGCUUGCGCCCGCCGCCCGCCGCGCGCCGCCCGCGCCGCACUCCGUGCGUGAGCGCGUAUACUGCGUAUCCACAGACACAUGUCUAUUAUGGAGAAGUGGGAAAAUUGCGCACCAGACGAGGAUGUACGUCCGAUAUGACGCGCAUCCGGUGCAACCAGAGCGGUGGCGGCGUCUUACACUCGCACGGCCGCAACACGCACACUCGCACUCAUCUUCAGCACUCACUGAUGCUGCUCUCAGAUUCAGUAUUCCGAUCCUUGGUAUUACCAUCACGAUAACAUUCGAUUUGGACAGUAGGCCGACAGACAUCAGCCGCGUAGACACCAACACCGAGUGCAUUGUGCAACAGUGGAAGGCCUUCGCUCGAGAGAAAUGUCACAUAACGAAGACGACGACAUGGGAUGACCCUCGGAAGACCCUUGCGGCGCAGUCGGUGGCUGGCAGUGUGCAGCAUCAGAGCACAGACGCGCUGCUCACACAGGCUGCCACACCGCAAAACAUACCCAACACACCUGCACCAGCAGCGAAGAGUACAAGUAGUAACACAACGACGGAUCCACUAGGGCCCCUGCCGGAGGGUUGGGAGCAGGCCGCGACGGCGGAAGGAGAAAUCUACUUUAUAAAUCAUGCAGCUCGCACCACAUCCUGGUUCGAUCCAAGGAUACCACAACACUUACAGCGCACGCCGGCUGCGGGCGGGGCGGUACCGGACGGCGGCUGGGCCAACACCUCGCUGCAAGCGUGUCAGCAGAAGCUGCGGCUGCAGUCGCUGCAGCUCGAGAGAGAGCGCCUAAAGCAGCGCCAGCAGGAGAUCAGACUCCAGCAAGAGCUAAUAAUGGCAAGGCAGUCGUCGUCAAUCGUGUCGUCACUGGCGAACAGUACGGGUGUUACCAGUACGGACUUGCCGCUGGAUCCCUUCCUGUCAGGACUCUCAGAUCACCAGCGGCAGGAGUCAGCUGACAGCGGCCUAGGGAUGGGUGUUCCCCACUCCUACUCGAUGCCACAUACGCCAGAAGGUUUCCUCUCUGGCAUGGACGACCGUAUGGACUGCACUAGCGAGGCCGGCGCCAACCUAGACUCCACCGACAUUACGCUAGCCGACAACCUCGACUCUACUGACGACUUGGUUCCUUCUUUGCAAUUGAACGAGUUCACUAACGACAUACUCCUGGACGAUGUGCAAUCGCUGAUAAACUCGACGCCGAGCAAGCCCGACAACGUACUGACGUGGCUGUAGGGGCCGCGCGCCCGCGCAGACCAUGCUUACAAACUUUCAAAUUAGGUAUUAUAUGUUUAAUGUAGCGUACUUACCGCUUGUAUGACGUCGACCGCUAUAACAGUGUCGGGGACAACACGGUAACGAUGGUGUAAAUUUCACUUUGAAAAUGACAAUUAUAGCAUAACAUGUGUAAUGACUGACGUGGGAUUUUGUGUGCUUAUGACUUAGUAUAGAUAGAUACUUCAAUACCAGUACGAUGGCUUCCAUGAGAACAGUUGGACCGGUGCGGACUUACGCAUUUGGUGGUAUUUAUAGCCAACAACGUUAUUUUUCAGUUCAAAUGUUAUUUCAACACAUUUCCGCACCGGUUUCACUAUUCCCUAUUAUAUCUGCUCGCUUUUAUGCAGAAUUGGUUUUAUCUCUGUCUCUGCAUUUAUUCGAAAGAGAUAGGAAUACGAAAUUGUGUGAGUUAAAUGUUUCUACUUUGUUGUGGUUGAUAUGUAAAUGUGUGGAAUUUUGUAUGACUGACAUUACAACACAUACUCAUCGUAAUUCUUGACUUGGCCUCUUAAGUAUUGUAAAUUAGUAUCUAUACACCCAUAGUUAGAAAAUAAUGCUGGAGUGACGUAAGAAAAUAAUAAAAUCUUUUUGUCUUAUGAUGUGAGCAAGACAAUAACGUAAUGCUGCUCCGAUUGUAAAAUGUUUCAACCUGUUGAAGUAAGAGAUGAGCUACGAAAAGUAAGCCAAGUAUCGCGGAUCAGUAGAGCAAGACUAUCACGAAUGGCUAGUCAUGAGGUUAGUGCGAGGUGCUGACAGCACUGUGACGCGUGCCGGCGACGUCUCGCCGCGCGGUGGCUGCAAGCCUUCUUUCGUAGCAGAAAGUAGUUGCGUUGCAACGCAAUCAUUCGUGAACUAAGUUUCCAUAUUCUUUUCAUAGAGACUAUCGGAAAUCGUAUUCUAUAAAUCGACAAGCAAACAAUAUUUUAUGAUAUAUUUUAAAAUUAAGAUUGUGAUAACAUCUUGAUGUAAUGAACAGUGCCUUAUUGUGCCUUGAUAAAAUUAUUUAUUGUUGUAAUAAUUUAGAUAAUGUUGAGAUAUUUUUACAAUUUUUCUAUUGACGAGCUAUUGAUGUAAUAGUGAUGUGACAGAAAAUAAACUACUUAUGUACUUGUAGAACGUUGUUUGUCAACUUACACCGUCCUUGUGAAUUUUCGAGAUUAUGAAUAGACGUUAAGUUUUAAUAGUUAAUCAUGAAGUAGGUAAUAUGUUGGCAACUAUUAUGUUUACUUAUAUUAGUUGGGUUCUAAGUGAACAAUGUGACUACAUAAGCAAUAUUCAAGUGUAUGGGUGCAGCUAGCUAGCUAAUUUUAGGGAAUAAUUGGAGCUAGAAAUUCAUCUCUAAGUGCCUUACUCAGAAGAUAGUUAUAGUCCGAUGUGACGGAUAUAUUGAAAUAACAUUGCUACCUGCUACGAAGCAGACUGCGAUUGGUGCCAACAAAGUAUAAAAUCUAUUUUCUAUAACUAUUGUUAUGUAAUUAGUAUUACUUCAUUAUUGUUAGUAAUCAAUUCAUUAAAUCAUCGUUCAUGUUUCUAUCAAUUAUUCAAAUGUUUCAAAAUUUUGUAAGCCCACCUAGUCUUUAGAAUUUUUUGUAUGAGUGUAUUGAAUUCAGCUAGCUUGAUUGAUUAAUAUGAUAAUGGAAUUAGGCCUUUAAUAUCAAAUGCUACAUUGAAAACUUUGCCAUAUUAGUAAAAGUACUAUUAUUCUUAUAAGACUUUAAUGUAAUCUUCAGUUAUGUCGCAUAGCAAUAAUAGCAUCUGUGUAACUAUUGUAAUUAGACGUAACGGUGCUGGGUUGAUGAUACAUUUAAUUUUGUAUUCUGUAGAUCCAUUUGUUGUAUACUUUAUAUUUGUAUUUGUCGUGUAUUAAUUGUAAGAGUCCGUAAGUUUGGAUGCUUCUCAUAUUGUUCGGUUCAUUAUUCUCAACUCGCCCUCCCCGUAGCACCGCGAGGUCGGAUAGAAGUGACCAGCGGUCGAACAAGUGAUCCAGUAAGUCGUUCCUAGUGUCACGACACGUCGACAAACAUUCCAAGUUGUACUGUUACUGUUACUGUACGUACUGUACUGUACUCGAACUGUAGCCUCGCCUCGCACGAGGCCUGCCACUUGCUACAGAAUAAUAUUCAGAACAAUAUCUCAAGUAAACUGUAAUCAAUUAUUUCUAAGUUAUAGCCUUUAUGAAAAACAUAUCUUUUCAGUCUGACGACAGAUGCAAGUUUUCUAUGUAGUGUAUGUAACUACGUGUAUCAAUGUUAUAACAAUGAAAUUACGUGUCAACGUUAUUAAUUUACUAUAAUUUCAUUGUAAAUAAUUCGAUAUUCUUAUAUGAAUUAAAUAAAUAUUUGUUUUAAUACCUA